AUGAGCAGCACAGAGCAAGAACAAGGCCUCCAAUUGCCUGAGCACGUUACCAAAUUGCUCAAGUCGAAAAGAUAUGUGCACUUGGCGACUUCCAAAGACAACGUGCCACAUGCUUCGUUGAUGAACUAUACGUACUAUUCCAAGAACGAUAAGCCAUAUAUUAUCAUCAGCACGCCCAGAGAAACGACAAAGUACAGAAACAUCGAGGCCAAUGGGAAUGUAUCGCUUUUGAUUCACGACUGGGUGGCGGGAGACGAGGAGGUGGCGCCUACGGGGAGAAGAAACUCGUUGUAUGAGCUUUUGGCGAAUAUGAAUAAGGCUGAGAUUCGGAGUGUUUCGGUGAUGCUUAACGGUAGGGCAAGGAUAAUUGACCCAAAGACAGAGGAGAACGAUUAUAAGUUUUAUAAAUCGUUGCAUUUGAACAAUGGCUUGGUGGACGAGGCCCAGGCCGAGACGUUCAUUCUGAACGAGUGCAAUAGCGUGGUGUUGAUCACGGUGGACUCGUGCCAGAUCACCAACACGAAUAACGAAGUCCAGACAUACGAACUCUAG